UUUCCUUCCAUUGAAAUGAAUGGCAAGUGGUGUUUCACCGCACGGCAUCCUGUGCUAAUUGGAACCGUUUUUGGAGUUGCCUAAUUGGAACCGCGAAUUAGAACAAUGACGGACUCAACAGCCUCAGAUCGGGCGAACACCAUCCCGGAUCCAAUUAUUGUCGAUCAGUCGACUGUAAACGGCCAGUGCGACCCGACACAUCAACUGUCACCCAAAAUCAACAGCCACCCUAAAUUCACUAUGGACCAGGAGAUGAAAAUUAGCGAUAGCGUGGAGGGGCAAGGCUUACUGGAGAGCAGCAUGAGGCUGAAGCCCCACGAAGCUCAAAGAUACCGCAAGAAAGCGCUGUGGGUCUCCUGGAUUUCCAUCUUUGUGACGCUGAUCCUGGCAGUAGCAGCUUUCACUGUUUCCUUCAUGAGACACAGUGCCUCGGCUUUCGGAUUCGCUUUUGAUGCCGCCCUGGAUGUGCUGUCCUCCAUCAUCGUGGUGUGGCGCUAUAGCAAUGCCUCCGCCGUUCACUCUGCACACAGGGAGUACAUAGCCUGUGUGAUCCUGGGUGUGGUCUUCAUCCUGUCCUCCCUGUGUAUCCUGGGAAAGGCAAUCCAUGACCUGGCUACCAAGCUAAUGCCUGAAGUGGAUGACUUCCUCUUCAGUGUGUCCAUCGUCAGUGGCGUGAUGUGUGUCAUUCUGGCCGUGGUCAAGAUCAUGCUGGGUAGGGUGCUCACCAGCAGAGCCCUCAUCACAGACGGUUUCAACUCCCUGGUGGGCGGGGUCAUGGGCUUCUCCAUCCUAAUCAGUGCCAAGGUGUUCAAGCACGAUCCCAAAGUGUGGUACCUGGAUGGGUCCAUAGGGGUCCUGAUAGGCCUCAUCAUCCUGGCUUAUGGGGUCAAGCUGCUGGUUGAUAUGGUCCCUCGAGUGCAACAGACAAGGAACUACGAGCGCUUUGAGUGACAGACCACGGAAGGGCAGUGCGGGCUCCGAGGGGGAUGGGUUCUAGGUUAUGUACGGUAGAAGUACAUCCAGUGUCUGUUCUAGGGUAUGUAUAUCUGCGCCCAGUCCCUAUCCAGCUCGGCUCCAUUCUUCCUGGUAGAUCUCUCUAGUCACCAUGACAAACCUAUUGAUUGGUUUAGACCUCAAGGUGCCAGCCCACUGGCGUUUAGUCCGGUCUCUCUGACUCCGAACCUGAUCCGUCCAUAUGAGUCAUUACAAAGUCAAAGAGAAGACUGAGGUUUCCCUCUAUAGCUCCUCCUCUACUGAAGCAGGGGGAGGUGGAAGGACAGAAUGUGCGCUGCUGAGUCGUCAGGGAAUUGUCACUGCCUCUACAAAGGCACUGCACCGUCUCCACUGAUUAGUCUGGUGUUAGUUCAUAUCUCUAUCUCCCCUUGGACAACGUGGCUAAUUCAGAUACGCAUUGUAGGAUCUCAGUCCUUAUGGGAUUUCAGUGGUUUCUUUUGAUCAGUAACACUGCGUGUGUCCCAAAUGGCACCCGAUUCCCUUCAUAGGGUACUACUUUUGACCACCCUAUUCCCUUUAUUGCACUACUUUUGACCAUGGCCCAUUAAAAGGUGCAUCAAUUAGGGUGGCAUUUAACACAUACACCUAUUUCUGUUUGACACCAAUCUUUAAAGUAGAUGUGUUGCUUUUAUGUAGUCAUGAUGUAGUAGGGGUGGCAGGUAGCCUAGUGGUUAGAGCAUUGGGCCAGUAACCGAAAGCUUGCUCGAUCGAAUCCCCAAGGUAAAAAUGUUUUUCUGCCCCUGAACUAGGCAGUUAACCCACUGUUCCUAAGUAGUCACUGUAAAUAAGAGUUUUUCUUUAACAGACUUGCCUAGUUAAAUAAAGGUAAAAUAAAAAUAGUAGUUGGUAAAGUAUCACUUAGGGUACUAGUUGCUACUAUUAGUAGCAGUAGGACAUGUUUUCUAUCCCCCCAAAAAUCAACAGGGGAAAAUAGAUUUCUGAGAUGCCCAUUGUAGACAGGCUGUAGUAUGGAGGACAAUAGUACAGCAGUACAGUAUGUUCAAUAGCAACAUGACAGAAGACUCAUCUAUGGCCUGUGUCCCAAAUGGCACCCUAUUCCCUACAUAGUCACUAUGGACCCUGGUCAAAAGUAAUACACUAUAGGGAAUAGGGUGCUAUUUGGGACAAAACCUGUAUCAUUUGAUUCGUGAAUAUGAAAGCACAAAUGUCCCUGUCGCCAGCUCAUGUAUGGAAUCGGUGUUUGCUUUAUUGCUUAAGGGGUGUUGAAUAAAAGCUUGUGGCAAACAAACAACAUGACUGGAGCCAAAGACUCUAGCCAGAGAUUACUAAUCUGGAAUUAAAACAAGCCUUUCUGUGCACUAAAGCCAAAUCUGUUGGCUAGAACACAACAAGUCAUCCCUUUUUAGGCCAUUCCCUCUUCUUUAAUUCCUUAACAAAAUCUGAGGGGGCAAAUGCAGUCUUCCUGGCAAGUAAAUAUACCAUUAUAAUUACGUUUUAAGCUUUCACAAUCUGCCACGCUGGAUGUAAUUGUAGAUGUAGGAUACACACAUGACCAAAAGUAUGUGGACCCCUGCUCGUCGAACAUCUCAUUCCAAAAUCAUGGGCAUUAAGAUGGAGUUGCCCCCCAGCCCCCACUCUUCUGAGAAGCCUUUCUACUAGACGUUGGAACAUUGCUGCGGGAACUUGUUUAUAUUUAGCCAGAAGAGAAUUUGUGAGGUCGGGCAUUGAUGUUGGCCGAUUAUGCCUGGCUUGCAGUUGGCGUUCCAAUUCAUCCCAAAGGUGUUCGAUACGGUUGAGGUCAGGGCUCUCUGCAGGCCCGUCAACUUAUUCCAGUUAUUCUCGACAAAAUAUUUCUGUAUGGACCUCACUUUGUGUACAGGGGGUAUUGUCAUAAUGAAACAGGAAAGGGCCUUCCCCAAACUGUUGCCAAAGUUGGAAGCACAGAAUCGUCUAGAAUGUCAUUGUAUGCUGAACA